AUGGGAUUCUUCAGCAAAUCAUCAAGUACAAGCAACGAAGGACAAAAUCAGCCGAAAGUCGAAUCAUCCCCUGUGGCAAAUCAAAUCAAGACCCAAAUUGCCCAAGAGCUAGCAGUGGCUAAUGCUACAGAAUUAGUCAGUAAGCUAACAGAGAACUGUUUUAAGAAAUGUUUAAUGGCUCCAUAUGAUUCCAAAAACGAGACUUGUGUUGAUCAAUGCCUAACUAAAUAUAUGAAGAGUUGGAACGCUGUUUCAAAGGCAUAUGUGGCAAGAAUUCAAGAAGCUUCUACGACAGGUGAAAUUUAG